AGAAGCAUGCAAUAUCUUCCAUUUGUUCUACUCGGUUUUCUUCGGGUGUAUUAUAACCUUGAUCAGGUUUUUAAAACUUUCGUCCUUGUCUAAAACUGCAAGAAACCUAGAAGGGAAAAUUUUCAUCUUUUGGGUAUCUGCACUGCAGUACUGAGAUAGAAUGACGAGAUCAGAGAGCUCUUCUAUAAAUAUUGAGCAUCUCAGAGAAAAGCUUCUUCUGACCUCCAAUCCCUCCUCGUUGCCAACUUCUUGCAUUUUCAGAGUUGACAAAAGAAUUCGCAAAUUAAACGAAGAUGCCUACACGCCGGAUACUGUCUCCAUCGGCCCUUAUCACCGUGACGCUGUCAGGGAAAACUUGCAGAUGCAAGACAUGGAAGACGUUAAGUGGCGAUACGUAAAGGCACUGCUUGAUAGAACAAGUGAAACACCCAGUCUGGAAAGUUAUGUGAAAGCUCUUAAGGAGUUACAAACUGAUCCCCGUAAGUGUUACUCAGAGCCCAUCAAUAGCUUAAAUAACAAAGAAGAAAACUUCCUAGAAAUGAUGCUCAUUGAUGGCUUGUUCAUCAUUGAGUUAUUUCGGAAAUGUUCACAUGUUGUUGAGGUAGAUGAUAAUGAUCCCAUAUUCAACUCCAAAUUAAGGAGAACAAGGAUUGUACGUGACUUGGUAUUGCUUGAAAAUCAAAUACCCAUGUCUGUUCUUGAAAAGUUAUUCGGGCUAAGUAAGUGUCCUAAGUGUGAUACAUUCUCACUCAUCGAAUUGGCUCUCAAUUUCUUUGCGGAUUUGAAUGGUGUAAAGAAGUAUCCUCAAAUCACCAAUAAUACACACAAGCAUUUACUGGAUCUCUUAAGCUGCACACUACUCGAUGGUGCGCCGACAGAGCAAGAUUCAAGUACAGAAGCACUAGUAUCUCUGCCAUGUGCGACGGAGCUCCGGCGUUCCGGUAUUAAUUUUAAAGCUUCACGAAAUUAUAAGUUGUUGGAGAUAAACUUUGACAAAGGAGAAUUUGAAAUCCCUACACUAUGUGUUGAUGACUACACAGAUUGCUUUUUCCGAAACCUCAUUGCUUACGAGCAACAAAGUUUUGAAGGUAGGCACCACAUAACAUCAUAUGCACUCUUGAUGGAUCACCUUAUUAACACUGCUGAUGAUGUGGCACUUCUUAUUCGUCGUGGAAUUAUUAAGAAUCACCUGGGUGAUAAUGGGGAGGUGUCGUCUCUAUUCAAUAAUCUCUGCAGAGAAAUUUCAAUCGAUAAUAAGUUCUGUUAUAAUACUCGCUGCAAAAAUUUGAAUGAUUAUUAUAAUUGGCAUUGUCACAAGUGGAUAGCGAAUUUCAAGCGCAAAUAUUGCAGCAGUCCAUGGGCGAUCCUUUCCGUGCUUGCAGCAAUUCUAUUACUUUUUCUCACCAUCUGCAGUACCGUUCUUUCCGCCUUGCCAUUCUUCGGUGUUGAAGAAUUCAUUUAUAUGUUAGAUAAUGGCCAACAAGCUAUUGGGUCAAUCGUUGGAGGCAUCAACGCGACUAGCUCACCACGGUUCGCAAGGGUUCUAGGGCAUCACUUUUGAAGUUGUCUGCGUUGGAUUUAUGUGUCCCAUCUGUUACGUGCCCAAUUUUUUUUUUUUUUAAUUAUUAUUAUUAUUAUUAUUAUGUCCUUGUAAAUAUAUGUUGAGUGAGAGAGGUGUCAAAGUGUUGCUGUUGUUAGUGGAUGUCAUGUGUCAAUCCAUGGGAGGUGUUAGUUGGAGUUUUAGAAUUUUAUACCUUGGAAAGAGUUAUGUUAAGGAAAGAAUGUAACGAGUAGUGGAAGGUUAGUAAUGGAAUGUUGGAGUCCAUAUAAGUCUUGCUCUAAAUAUUAUAGAGAUAUGUUAUUAACCUAAUUAAAAGUGUUGUUUUGGA